UCGCUGAUUCGUGUGAUGGGUUUAGAACUGAUGUGUAAAGACGUAACUAACAAAAACUAAAUGGUUACGGUAAUUUGUGGUGUUGACCGUGAUAAUUGUCGUUUAUUAUUAAUUUUUUUGACUUCUAUGUAGUAUAAUUGGUUAUUUUUUAUUUAAUUAAAAAUGGACCAAGUGGAUCUUCAAUUGUUUUCCAAAGAACAACAUUGUAUAAAUGAAAAUGAGGAGUACGAUACUUCAGAUGAAAAUGAACGACCAUCGGGUGAAAGAUGGGCACCAGUGGGGGCUAAUGAUGUUGACGAUGACUUCAAUAGUGAAUGCAAAUACAAUGAUAAUAUGGAAAAUCUUUCAUACAAUAUGGACAGACUUAAGGUAUUAGAAGAGGAACAAGAUGUGCUCAAUUCAUCACUAAUUGCAUUAACUACACAUUUUGCCCAGGUUCAGUUUCGUCUACGGCAAAUAGUUGAUGCACCUACAGAUCAAAAAGAAAAUUUAUUGAAAGAAUUAGAAGAAUUUGCAUUUCGUGGAAUUCCAGAUGUCUCCAACAUUUUAUCUUAUAAAUCUGACGCAAACAAAGCUCUUGUAUCAUCAACAGAAACAUCACUAACCAAAAGUUUUGAGCAGUGUACUGACACUGAAAUAGAAUCUAAAAUUGCACAGCAAAAAACCAAACAGAAAGAACUGAUCAAUCAAUUAAAGAUACAACUGGAAGAUUUAGAACGUUAUGCUUAUGAAACUGAUGGUCAAGAUUUACCGCAAAGUGUUAUACUAGAACGGCAAAAUUUACUGAUAAAUCAUCUUAAAGAAAAACUUAACUUUGAAGUUGAUGAUUUGUGCAAAUUACCUAUUGACGAUCUAAGAUGGCAAGUCGAUCAUGCUAUAAAUGAGAUUGUAAAUCCAUUGAAAAUGAAAGAACAAUUAGUAAAUCAAUUAAAAACUCAAGUAUCAGAUUUGGAACGUUUUAUUCAUUAUCUCCAAGGCGAAGUGAGCACAGAAACAUUUGUUUGCACCUGUACAUGCUCUGUUCAUAAAAAUAGUGCAAGGAUACCUGCAAAAAAAUCAAAAAAAUCAUUUUCAGAAAAACAAACAGGCGAUGGCAAUCAUACAAAAACACUUAAUACUGUAAGAAAAGUCAUAACACUGUUACAUCUUUAUUUAAUGUCUCAAUUGGGAUGUGGGAGUGAUCAAGUUCGACGGGAUAUUAAUAAAAAUUCAGGUGUUCCCGUGUGGCGAGAUUUGAGGACUCGAUUAGAUAUUGCCGUAGAGCAUGUAUUGGAAAAUGUAGCAGAUAUGAAACGUAAUAAUGAUAAUAAAGAUUAUAAUAAUUAUAGUUCUGAUCUAGAAAUGAUCAAAGCACAGUUUAAUGCACGAAUUACCGCAGCAGUGAGAAAGCAUCUAGCAAUUUCUAUAAAAGAUUUAAUACAACAUGGACUCACUUAUGACAUUCGUGCUAGUAACAGUGUUGUUCCUUUCGUUGGUUGUUUCCCUCAAAAGAAAACAGUGUCUUAUAAUUUUAUGCACGCGUGGGAAUUAAUAAUUAAGUAUUAUGAAAUAAAAAAUGGUCACCUGUAUAAUUCUAGUCCGGCACAAAGAUUAUCCCAAAGCUUUAAUUUAGAUCUUGUCAAUGGAAGAAAUUCUCCAAAGCAGACUUUAUUAAUUACUAUUGGAAACAUCAUUGCUACACAUACACCUUACAAGAGAAGUCAUAACUCUCAUUUCAAAGCCUUUAUUUGUGCAGCACUAAACGCCAAUAAAUUAGUGGUAUGGUUGACACUCAUACUGCAAUGUCAAUAUCUAUUAGAGAAUUACUAUACGUCAUGGAGUUAUGUUGUCAAAACUGGUACGUAAAUGGAUUUCAAGAUGCAUUUCACACACUCGAUCGCUUAACAACCGUUAAUUUUGAUCUUCCAGUUGACUUAGCCGUACAACAAUUCCAAAAUAUAAAAGACGCUUUUUGAGAGUACCUUUAGUUAUUUAUAAACAUUAUUAAUUCCAGUUAUAAAUGAAUUAUCCUGUAUUUAUAGUACGGGAAAAAGAUUUUCUAAAACUGAUUGUUCAUGUUUUAAGAGAGUUUAGCUUCAUAUUGUAUUAUUUAUAUUAUUAUAUAUAGUCAUAUUAAAAUAAAGGUUGCAAUUGAAAAUA